UUUAUAAUAAAUCCGGUACCUUCGCAAGAAAAUUGUUGAGCAAAAACCACGCCGUUGCUAUAAACUAAUGCGUAAAAUAGAAAUAAAAGUUGAAAUAAAACAGUUUUCUUUUUCAUUUUUUUCAAGAUCUCGAGAAGAUUUCAAUCUUGUAAAAAGUUACAAAUUUUGAAAAACUUUGGUUGGGUGUAGCAAGAACUUAUGUCAUAGAUAGUUAGUUCAACAUGGAAAUAUACGAUGAAAGUUCGUUAACUCCUUAUGAACUCUUAAGGCAAAACAAUAUCAUAAGGAAUUACGAGUUUAUGAAAGCUUGUGGUUUACCUGUUAAGCCCUUGGUUUAUAUCAAACAAAACAAAGAUAAAGUUACACCAGAUUUUACAAGAAAAGUUGAAAGUCAAAAGAAGUUUUUAGAAUUAAAAAAGCAAUUAAAAAAAAAGACUGUAAAGAAAACUGAAUCAACUUCUGAAAAUUUAAUACGUAAAAGGCAAAGAAUAAGUAAAUAUGAAGAGAUUAAAAAUAAAAGAUAUCCAAAACGAGGAACUAGGAAAAACUACAAAGAGGCUGAUGUUCCUGAUGAAGAUAUUCAUAACAGCAAAAGUAAGGUAAACAAUAUAUCAACACAUGUAAAAAUUUGCUCUGGUGGGAAACCAUUCAAAUGCACUUACUGCGAUUAUGAAUGCAUACAAAAAUAUAAUUUAGUAAGACACGUUAAAAUUCACACUGGUGAGAAACCAUUCAAAUGCACAUACUGCGAUUAUGAAUGCACACAAAAAACUCAUUUAACGAGACAUUUAAAAUUUCACUCUGGUGAGAAACCAUUCAAAUGCACUUAUUGCGAUUAUAAAUGCACACAAAAAAGUACUUUACCAAGACAUGUUAUGACUCACACUGGUGAGAAACCAUUCAAAUGCGCUUACUGCGAUUAUAAAUGCGCACAAAAAAGUGAUUUAACAAGACAUGUUAAAACUCACACUGGUGAGAAAAAUUAGUUAAUCAGACAUGCAAAUUAGCAACUAGUGAGAAACUUUUAAUAUGUACUUAGUGUGAAAAAAAAACUGUCAAUAUUUGUACUGAUUAAAAGCAAAUAUAGUUUUUACCGUUUCAUAUCGAAAUUAUUUAAUUGAGUUCAGAUGCCCUCCACAAGCUGACUGUUGUGUAAUGUCUAAAUUGGUAAGGCCAUGGAAUCUUGCAGGAUUUCCUAUCAUAACCUUGGAAAAUAUCAGAAAGAAGAUUGAUGAGCAAAAAAUGAAGAUUGAUUGAGCAAAAGGAAUAACACAAAAAUAGUAAAAGGAACAACCCAACAGAUACAAAAAGGAAUGAGGAAUUUUUUGAAAAAAUGUUAAAAUGCUUUUGGAUAAGUAAGAAAAAAGAAGAACUAAUUGAAGAUGUUAUAAAAGACAGGGGGAAGGACAUCCAAAUCCAAAAAUGAAGAUAUCGUGUUUAUCUUGGACCAACUUGGAAAUAGGAUGGAAAAAAUAGGAACAAAUGAUAAAAGGUUUAAGAGAUCUUGCAAAAAAUUGUGUUCCACGUUAAACAUGAAAAUUAAACUAAACAAUGGUAGCAAUCUAUAUGGUUUAGAAAACUCUUCAAGUAGUGAUAAUAAUUCUGACUGUGAAUAUGUAGCAGAUAUAAAAAAAGAACAAUCUGCCUCUGUUAU